AUGACUGUUGUUUGGUGGACGUGUGCGGCGGUUGUGCUUGUGGCGGGGACGCUGGCUGUCGCUCUGUUCCGCAUCGCACAGCGUGCUGCUCGCGAAGACAAGACAGGGAGGGCGCAGGUCGAGCAAGAGCAGGGGGCCCACCACGCACAAACCGCUGGCCAGCAUACGGGACAGCAGCAGCAGGCAGGCGGAACACAUGGCAGCAACAACACCGGCAGCCACACGAGCGGGCGACAGCGAGAGCGAGACGAGGAUGUUGGCCAUGUGCUGCGUGCGGAUACAGCAGCUGCGCUGGCACAGGAGCUGGCCAGCGCGCUGCGAACAGAGCCAGCGUACAUCCCGCCAGCAGUGCGGCCUCCUCGCGUGCACGACGCGAUUGAAGCGCUGCUGAAACUCGUGUGCAAGCACUACGUGUCGUCCUGGUACGUUCCCCUGACCACACCAACACAGGCACCGUCAGACACACUCAGCGCAGGCGCUGGCGCAGGCAGGGAGCAGAGCAGGGCUGACGAUGACGCCACCGGACGUCGCAGUGACCCUGCUGCAAGCGACAGGGGCGAUGCCGCAAGCGAAGACGAUGGUGCUUCUGCAUCUGCUGAUGCAUCUGCUGCCGCUGCUGCUGAUGAUGAUGACGAUGCAGAGGCACCUGCGUUUGAGAAGCACCUCAUGGUGCUGUUGUUAGAGCUGGUGGAUGCGCUUCACGAGCGUGCCAUGACCCACAUGGACAGCGUGGACUUCUUCACGCGGCAGCUGCCCGAGCUGCUGGAGUUGCACCUCACAGAGUUCCGCUCGCACACGGCCGCCACCACCUUCCGCGUGCAUCCGGCCACCAUCUCGUCGCAGCGCUUGCAGCGGUACCUGCACGGCUAUGCGCUGGCCAUCGUCACACACGCGCUGCCAUCCCGCUUUGCGGACCAGCCGCUGCUCCGACAGUUUGUGGCAGACGUCCUGGCAACAACCGUGCUCACGCCCGUGCUCGUGUAUCUGAGCGACCCCCACUUCAUCAACGGCUGCAUCGUGGCGUAUCUGCAGCAGGUCGAGGAGCAGGAAGCGCAGCGCAGGAGCGGGCGCGGCGGUGGCGGCGUGCAUGGUGGGGGGAAGGAUGGCAUGUACACGUACGCCAACACAUACACCGCAUUCACCCGCAUGAUCAAGGGGAGCGCAGACGUCGACGAGCUGCUGCAUAUCCGCUCCAACCUCAUUGCGGAGAUCACAAAGGCCACCAUCAUCAGGGACCUCAAGGAGGCCAAGCGGCUGAGUACGCUGGGCAAGGGCGAUGAAGGGGCGCUGUCGCUGUAUCGUGACGCAGCCAAGAUGGCCUACUUCCAGAAGCGAAACGUCAAACGAUACAUCAACGAGUGCACGUAUGCAAAGUUGCUGUGCGAGCUGCGGUUGCGGGAGUUGGGCGGCCCCUAUUUCGAUACCGCUGAGAGCGCACUCACAGCUGCAGGCGCAAGCAAGAACGCGCCGACGUUUGAAGAAACACUUGACAACGGGCUGCUGCUUGGCUACUUCCUGCAGUUCCUCUCUGGCUUCCACAAGGAGCUCAACUUCAAGUUUUACCAGGCCGUUCGCCAGUUGCGUGCACGCAUCACAUCCACACACGCCGUCACGCCCCCGGAUAUCGCCGUCAUUCGCGCCGCUUUCGACCUCAGCACGCGCGGUGUCACUGCUCUGCAGAUUGACCCGGAGACGCGGCGACAGCUGCACGAAUUGUUCCGUGCUUUCACCGCUGCACAUGACGACGCGGCCGGAGAGGACACGAAUGUGCUGCACGAGCAGCGGAAACUGUUGCAUGCGAUCAUGCGCGCAUUUCAUCAAGUUGGCGCCAUGUUGCAGGAGGAGCACAGCCAUUUCGUCUGCAGCGACGUCUAUCGCGACUACUUGGUACAUUCCAACCGGCAAUCCGCCUCUUUCCAUCGCCGCCAGCAACAACAGCAUCAGCAGCAACAUGAGAUGAAGUCGAGGGCGCGUGCGAGUGCACGCAGGAAGCGCUUCUCGCUGUGGUCGUCAACAGCGCCCCCAUCAACAGUCGCGCCAGCAACGUCUGUGUCGCCAUCAACAAGACCAACGACAACAGCAGCGAUGGCAGCGGCGACCACAGCAGAGACAGAUGCAUUUGCACGCGCACAGACACGCACAUACACACGCCCGCGCCCAAAGUCCAUUGCGUUCUCGCCCCUGACUUCCACGCAGGCCAGGAUUGGACACAGCACCGCGCUUCGACAAGCAAGUGGUAGCGGCGUUGGUGGUAAAGACGGCAAAGGUGAUGACAAUGAUGACAAUGAUGACGAUGACGAUGAUGAUGACGAUGACGAUGAUGAUGAUGAAGAUGAUGAUGGCACUAGUGGCGCAGGUGAUGGUGGUGCUGGUGCGGGAAAGCACCCAAGCAGCGGCCGCAAUGUUGGCGGCAUCGACGACUACAGUGCAGUGCUGGAGGAGCAAGUGCAGAUGCGGCAGGCGUCUGUGCGAACCAUCACAGGACAGCUGCUCCUGCGGCGCCUGGAAGGACUGGACACGUCACAGGAGGCGGCCGUCCUGACGCAAUUGCGCAAUGAGAUUGCAGCGCUUGAGCGCCACGGCGAGCAAACAGAGCGCUACUGGUCGCUUGUUGGCCACUGGCGCGCGGAUGUGCAAACGCUGGACGAAGCCGAUGAUGGGGAGCUGCUGUGUCUGGUGGCUGUGCACGCUGACGGCGAUGGUGGCGAGGGUGGCGGUGGCGGCAGCGAUAACCAGGGUUGGGGUGGUGGUGAUGGUGCAAGUGCUAUCAUUGGCGCUAGCAAGAACAGUGGCAGCGAUCAUGACGACGACGACGACGACGACGACGAUGAUGACAAAGGCAGUGGUGAUGGUGAUGGUGAUGGUGAUGGUGAUGGUGAUGGCGGCAACGACAAUGGUUACAACGAUGUCGACGAUGUCAACAACAAUACAGGGCAUGAGCGGGUUUGGGAUGAUGCACAUGGAAGCAGGGCCGAGAGCAGCCACAACCGCCGCCACCGCCGCCACGACCGCAGCCGCCACUACGACCACGGCAGCGACCAUGCGAUGCAGCGCGGUUCGUCGUCUGUAUCUGGGUGGAUCCUGUGCCGGCGAUUGAGCGAGUUUGAGCAGCUGCAUCGUCGAUUGCGGGAGGUGGACAGACGCGCCGCCCGCCACCGCGCGCUGCGGCUGCCGAAGCUGCCCUGGAUCAAGUCGCCCUUGCGCAUCGACAGGUGGAAGCAGCGAACCAUCGCCACGCUGCAGUCGCUUCUGGACACGUGUGUACAGCACCCACGCUUCAGCGACAGCCACGCGCUGUUCACGUUUCUCAGCCCGAGCCCCAGCUUUGUUCGCAGGCUGUACCACGACCCGCCACCGGAGCCACCUGCGCAAGCGGCAGCGACAACGACCGAAACAGCGAUGGUGACAGCAACGGCAAUGGCCCAAGCGCAGAGCAAGAACGGCAGCAGCAGCAGCCGCAGUGGUGGUGGUGGUCGACGGGGGAGGGGCGAGGAACGUACGGUGAGAGGAACUCGUGUGAGCAAUCAUCUCGACGACACAAGACAUGUCAAGGCUGCUGCUCAUGCUGCUGGUCACAAUGAAAAUGACGAUGACGACGAUGAUUAUGGUGCGGAUGACAGCGAGCACGAUUCUGACGCAGAGCAAAGUGCGGCUGUGCUGAGUGCGCUGUUGGCAUCGUCCCUGGACUCGGCGACUGCUUCUGGGAGCGCGGGCGCAGCAUCAUCAUCCGUCACAACAACGACAACAACAACAGCUGCACCAACGACUGCCGCUUCAGCGCCGGCUACACCUCGGAAAUCAGCUCCAGCAGAAAACACUGUUCUUACCACAGGAACAGCAGCAGCGGCAGUAUCAACAGCAACAACGGCGGACGGUGGACGGUCCGAGAGCAAAGCGGAGCCCAUUUUCCGGCUGAUCAGCGAGGUGUUUGAGCUGAAGGGCCUGUUUACCUGGCUGCGGCGGCAGCUGGUGGCGUUUGUGCAACUGACAUAUGGCGCCAACAUCAACCGGCAGCUGCAGGCUGCCGUGUCGUGGCUGUCGCAUGAGCCACAGGUGCUCUGGUUUGUGAACCUGACCCGCGCUGGGCUGUUUCCAGACGACCAGGUGCCUGUUGUGCAGCCGCCACCGACGCUGCGGGAGCGUGAUGCGCUGGCUGGGGAGGCGUGCCGGCUGUUGUUGGACAACAUGCCCUCGGCUGUGCGCGUUCUUGUGGGCCCCACCAACGCACGGAAGGGCGCGCUGAAGCUGCUACAUGUGCUGCAACAUCACCAGCUCAACCAGCACCUUGUGCUGUGUUUCCUUGAGCUGUUGCUGAUGCAGCUGUUUCCUGAGCUGCCGCGCCGCCCGUCCUUGCCAGACAGCUUCGUCGCCAUCCCCUUUGAGCGUGCACCCAUGCCAACCCCCGCCCAUCCACCCACAACCACAACAGCCACACCCACAACCACAACAGGCACAACCACAACCACAACAGCCACAAGCACAAGCACACAGCACUGAUUGACGAAGACAAGGAUGGCAGCGCUCGCAGCGACAAGAGGCGUGAAGUGACAUGUGACGAUGUAUGUGACAGACAGUGGCAGUGACAGUGGUGUGAGGGAGGCGAUUUGCGCGCGCUUGCCUUGAC